GCGGCGGAAGCGGCGGCCAUGGCGGCGGCGGCGGGUCCCUGUCCCGGCCCUGGCCCCGGGCCCGGCCCCGGCGCCGCCCGCACGAAGAAGAAGCAGAAGCGCUUCGUGCCGCAGCGCGUGAAGCUGCCCCGGGCCGCGGACCCGCUGCUGGCCGUGCUGGCCUGGGGGGUCACGCACCAGAUCAACGAGCUGAGCCAGGUGCCGCUGCCCGUGAUGCUGCUGCCCGACGACUUCAAGGCCAGCUCCAAAAUCAAGGUCAACAACCACCUGUUCAACAGGGAGAACCUGCCCAGCCACUUCAAGUUCAAGGAGUACUGUCCCCAGGUGUUCCGCAACCUGCUGCGAGCGCUUCGCCUCGACGACCAGGACUACCAGGCGUCCCUGGCGCGGAGCCCCCCGCGCUGGGCGGGCAGCGGCCGCCGCCUGCUGCUCUCGGCCGACCGGACGCUGGUGCUGAAGGAGCUGUCGAGCGAGGAUGUGGCCGACGUGCACGGGCUGCUGUCCCACUACCACCAGUACGUGGUGCAGUGCCACGGGCAGACGCUGCUGCCGCGGUUCCUGGGCAUGUACCGCGUGAGCGUGGACAGCGAGGACACCUACCUGCUGGUCAUGAGGAACCUCUUCAGCCACCGCCUGCCCGUGCACAGGAAGUACGACCUCAAGGGCUCCCUGGUGGACAGAGAGGCCAGUGACAAGGAGAAGGGCAAGGAGCUGCCCACCCUGAAGGACGUGGAUUUCCUCAACAAGAACGAGAAGGUUGUGGAGGAGGAGCAGCAGCGCGAGUUCAUGGACAAGCUCAAGAGGGAUGUGGAGUUCCUGGUGCAGCAGAAGCUGAUGGACUACAGCCUGCUCCUGGGCAUCCACGAGGUGGAACGGGGCGAGCAGGAGGAGGAGGAGGAGCUGGAGGAAGAGGAGCCCGGGGGGGGCGAUGAGGGGGGGCUGGGGGGCCCCUAUGGCACCUCCCCGGAGGGGCUGGGGGGGCUCCUCAACUCCUACCGGCCCCUGGGGCCCGGGGAGUUCGACCCCUGCGUGGACGUGUACGCCCUGCGCGGGGCCGAGGGAGCCCCCCGGCGCGAGGUUUAUUUCAUGGGGCUCAUCGACGUCCUCACCCAGUACGACGCCCGCAAGAAGGCGGCGCACGCGGCCAAGACCGUCAAACACGGGGCCGGAGCCGAGAUCUCCACGGUGCACCCCGAGCAGUACGCCAAGCGCUUCCUGGACUUCAUCACCAACAUCUUCGCCUGAGGGGGGGCCCGGCCCCUCCCGCGGGACCAAACCCCCCACGCCCACGACCCCCCAGUGGGGUUUCACUACUCAAGUGCCUUAACUUUAUGUAAGGGGGUCCUGGGGGGCUCUGGCCCCAGCACUGGGGGGGGGCUGGGGUGCCCCCCCCCCCCCACACACAAGGGGCUCUGGGACCUUUCUGCCCCCUCCCAAAGCGGGGAGGGGGUCAAACACUACUUGCCCCACAGUGGGGGGGUGAAAGGCCCCCCCCAGCCAUGACCUCCCGGGGGGGGGGCAGCCCCCACCCCUCUUCCCAGGGAGGCUGGGGGAUGCUCCCUGCCCCCCUCCGUGUGGGACCCGGGGGGGCUCCACAGCUCCCCCCCUUUACUGCAGCUCCCGGGGGGCAGGGGGGAGGACCCCGGCCCGGUGGGACCCCCGGGGGGGGUUGGGGGUCGAGGCCCGCCGGGCUGACACCCCCGUCCCCGUUUGUGGGAGUGUCGUGUGUCGCGUCCCCCCCACCCCGUUUGUGGGGCUCCUUGCCCCGCUCUGUACCGAGAAAUAAAUUAUUGAACCGGC